AUGGCUAUUACCGACCUUCCGCCCGAGCUACUCGUAGCCGUCUUCAGCCUGCUCAUGGCCGCAGAUCUUGUCAAUGUGAAGCAGCUACAGUAUAUCAUUGAACUGGAACUGUUAGGAAUGUCUGACAAUCCACCGUGCGGCCUUCCAACUUCCACAAAGCUACAUAGGCUGCGAGAGUUGGCACGAUCCUGGCGAGACAUGCGAUUUACGCCUGGUAUAUCCUUGCCCGCGGCGGCGAGUAGGGUCUACGCGUUCUCGGCCGGCGUCUUCGCCCAAGUCAAUUCAAAGGGGGUAUCGAUAGAAGAGCGCCGAUGGACAGUCAAGCCCACAGACGUACUUAACGAUAUUGAGGCCAUAUACCUAGAUCCCUCGCAAGACCUCUUGGUUGUGGUUGCGCCUGGAUUGAGCAUUACGUCCGCACCCGAGUGGAGGCUUCAUUUACUAUCUUUAACUGGACCCGGAACUCCGCAUCCUCUUACGUCUGAGCCGUGUCGGACGUUUGGCGAUAUCUACGGUUUCGACAGCAAUUUUUCAAUGCACAUCGAAGGCGACAUCUUGGGAUUCUUCCUGAGUCCCGGCUUUGGCUCAGUGCGGUGUAUAUGCUCCUGGAAAUCUCCUAGCGUGGUGCUCGACCUUCCUCAAUGCGUCAUUCUUGUUUCUGGACGAGAGCCACUUCAUCGUGCCGGAUGA